UUGUCCUGUCUCAUUUUAGGUGGAUGAAAAUUUUCUUUUGAGGACCUUUGGUAGGUUUGGUCCCAUUGCCAGUGUGAAGAUCAUGUGGCCUCGGACAGAAGAGGAAAGGAGAAGGCAAAGAAAUUGUGGCUUCGUUGCUUUUAUGAAUAGAGCAGAUGGGCAAGCUGCGAAGGAUGAAAUGCAAGGUGUAGUUGUCUACGAGUAUGAAUUGAAGAUUGGGUGGGGUAAAUCUGUGUCUCUUCCAGCACAGGCACUGCCUGCUCCCCCACCGGGGCACAUGGCGAUUAGAAAUAAGGAGGGGGGUACUGUGAUUAUAUCUGGUCCCGAUGGUCCGCCUGUUACAUCUGUUACAACUCCAAAUUCAGAGCUGGUACUUACACCAAAUGUGCCAGAUAUAAUAGUUGUUCCUCCAGAGGAUGGUCACCUUAGGCAUGUUAUUGACACAAUGGCUUUACANUUUUUUUUUUUUUUUUUACUUUUCAAUUGUUAA